AUAACAUAACACAUAAGAGAAUUCCGAAAUGAAUUUAUCGUUUGCUGGUUGUGGCUUCCUUGGUAUUUACCACGUUGGUGUGGCGGCAUGCUUCAAGAAAUACGCUCCACACUUGCUCUUGGAUAAGAUUAGUGGUGCAUCGGCUGGUGCUAUCGCGGCUUGUUGUCUUCUUUGUGACUUAAACCUCGUGUUUCAAUUUCUGUUGCAGUUUCUUCCUGAUGAUGCUCAUAUUCGUGUAAGUGGAAAACUUCAUGUUUCCUUAACAAGAGUUUAUGAUGGAAAAAAUGUAAUUGUUUCACAAUUCUCUUCUAGAGAAGAUGUAUUGCAGGCAUUAUUGGCCAGUACAUUUAUUCCAAUAUUCUCUGGUCUUUUACCACCGCGAUUUCACGGUAUUAGAUAUAUGGAUGGUGGUUUUAGUGAUAAUCUUCCUACACUUGAUGAAAAUACUAUCACUAUUAGUCCCUUUUGUGGUGAAAGUGACAUUUGCCCUAGAGAUGUUUCCUCCCAACUUUUCCAUGUCAAUUUUUCAAAUACGAGUAUUGAGCUUUCAAGACAAAAUAUAUACAGGUUUGCAAGAAUACUUUUCCCACCUAAUCCAGAGAUACUUUCAAGUAUGUGUCAACAAGGAUUCUAUGAUGCAUUAAGAUUUCUCAAGCGUAAUAAUUUACUUAGCUGUACUCGAUGUCUGGCAGUUCAAUCCACAUUUGUUGUCUCAGAAACCCUUGAUGACAACAUGGUUUAUGAUCCUGAAUGUGUGGAAUGCAAAAUGCAUAGACAGUAUAUAGAUAUAACUAUAUUUCAAGAUGCCAUUGAUUCUGCUGAUAAAGGCUUAAUUAAUUGGUUAUUUAAACAUCGAAGUGUGAAACUUCUCUCACUACUUAGUUUACCAUGCACAUUGCCAGCAGAUGUAGUGUAUGCAACUUUUACAAAUCUGAUUGGUAACAAGAUAGAAAGUCGUACCUUGGAAUAUAAAGUAAUUGGCAAUAUUGUUCCUACACCUCCACAGAUGAUUUCUUGUACUAAACACACGAUAUCUUCUCGAUUUAUUUUGAAUGUUCCUAAAUUACGAAGAAAUCUGUUAGAACUAAGAACAUUCUUCUUGGACCAAAUAAGUAUGUUAUUUCCCAAAAUUAAUGUGUACUAUCAGCAAGUGCCACAAACUAUUAAAUGUCAGUUAGCCAUUACAGAAUAUGGAUCAAAUAUAUACGAUAUGGAAGCUGCAGAAAAGACUGAUAAUUUAUAUAAAAAUAAAAAAAAUUUAAAUUUAACUUUACAAUACAAUGAAUUGCAACCAUGGAAGGAUCAUAGUAAUGUAUCAAAUUGUGUUAUAAAUAUGUCUGAUCUUUCAACUGUUGAGGAUACUUUUGACAAUAUUCUACAAGUAACUUCUGAUCAAGAAGCUGUGAUGGCAUAUUAUUACAUGGACGAUAAUAAUAAGGUGCAAGUGACUGAGAUAUUUGACGUUACAGACUCAGAAUCGCAUGCAAUGUUAUCCAUAGAAGAAGUUGAAAAUAAUGCAAAUUUACAAUUUGAUGAAUGGGAUCAACCUACGUGGUUAUCUGACCACAUAUUGAAUAAUGCUACUGAAUCUUUAUACAGUGAUGCAAAUCAACAAAGUAUGGAAAAUCUAUCAGAAAUAUCACUAGAAGAUGAUAUGGUAGGGGCUUUAAAUACUUCUUCUGAUCCAGAGAGUGAAUGGGAAAUAAACAAAGAUCUACAAACAAUAAAAAUUUCCGAUUCAUCAAAUUCUCGACUAGAAAUGGAUAAUAAAUGCAUUAUUAAGGAUUUAAAGUAA